AUGCAUUCGUACGACCCGUCAAAACUGUCGUCGUAUUUGAUGUACUACGACGUAAAUAAUCUGUACGGAUGGGCGAUGUGUCAACUGCUGCCCUAUGCCGAAUUUCGAUGGAUGGAAGACAUUGAGAAUUUUGACGCGAGCGCGAUCGCUCCGGAUUCGUCUACGGGUUAUAUUCUCGAGGUCGAUCUCGAGUAUCCGUAUCAUUUACACGAUCGACACACUGACCUACCUUUCUGUCCGGCGCGCGAUAAACCACCCGGCACGCGGCAGGAUAAACUUCUCGCGACGUUAUACGAUAAGAAGCGGUACGUCAUCCAUUAUCGCAACCUG